GUCUUGGACGGCGACAAGUGAGUGCUCCCAAUUGUGACAUCACAUCCAUGUCCUUGGUGAUGGAGCUUGUCACUAGGAAGGAAGACUCAGUCAGAGAAUAGCCAGCAACAUGGGUUACUGUGAGCGUCUCCUGAGGGGCACUGAGUGGAUGCAUCAGGGGGUUGGAGCCUUGUGAACAGGGAACCUGCCCCCCAACGCUUGGAAGGACCUGGGUUUCAGUGAUGAGACAUGGGGUAUGAUGUAACUCGUUUCCAGGGGGAUGUUGAUGAAGACCUCAUCUGUCCUAUUUGCAGUGGAGUCUUGGAGGAGCCAGUACAGGCACCUCAUUGUGAGCAUGCUUUCUGCAAUGCCUGCAUCACCCAGUGGUUCUCUCAGCAGCAGACGUGUCCGGUGGACCGUAGUGUUGUGACGGUCGCCCACCUGCGCCCAGUACCUCGGAUCAUGCGGAACAUGUUGUCAAAGCUGCAGAUUGCCUGUGACAACGCUGUGUUUGGCUGCAGUGCUGUUGUCCGACUUGACAACCUCAUGUCUCACCUCAGUGACUGUGAGCACAACCCGAAGAGGCCUGUGACCUGUGAACAGGGCUGCGGCCUAGAGAUGCCCAAAGAUGAGCUGCCAAACCACAACUGCAUUAAGCACCUGCGCUCAGUUGUACAGCAGCAGCAGACACGCAUCGCAGAGCUGGAGAAGACGUCAGCUGAACACAAACACCAGCUGGCAGAGCAGAAGCGAGACAUCCAGCUGCUAAAGGCAUAUAUGCGUGCAAUCCGGAGUGUCAAUCCCAACCUUCAGAACCUGGAGGAGACAAUUGAAUACAACGAGAUCCUAGAGUGGGUGAACUCGCUGCAGCCUGCAAGAGUGACCCGCUGGGGAGGGAUGAUCUCGACCCCGGACGCCGUGCUCCAGGCUGUAAUCAAGCGCUCCCUGGUGGAGAGUGGCUGUCCUGCCUCUAUCGUCAACGAGCUGAUUGAAAAUGCCCACGAGCGUAGCUGGCCCCAGGGUCUGGCCACACUAGAGACAAGACAGAUGAACCGGCGCUACUAUGAGAAUUACGUGGCCAAGCGCAUCCCUGGCAAGCAGGCUGUGGUUGUGAUGGCCUGCGAGAACCAGCAUAUGGGUGAUGACAUGGUGCAGGAGCCGGGGCUUGUCAUGAUAUUUGCGCAUGGCGUGGAGGAGAUAUAGGACAUCACGACAGGCUCCCAGGAUGAGAUGGAAAUCAAAAACUCCCAUCACUUCACCAGCUGGGCCCUGUGUCCUUUCCCCUACCCAAAACACCAUGGCCUACACUUGAGCAACACAUCUCCUGGCUCUUCUGGCACUGAAGGGCCCCAGGGUACUUUGCUCAGCCUUUCAGGAGGGACACCCUGACUCCCUCCUUUUGCCAUAUUUCUACCCCUAAAAUGUCUGUAAAUUCCCAGUCUGGUUAGGAAGGGUCCCCACCUCUUAUCUGUUUUCCUGCGUAGGGUCCGUGGUUCCAGAUGUUUUCAGAAAGCACAAAGAGAUCCAUUUCCCCCAGAGGAUCAGAGUCUAGUGAGGAAACUCUUAAUUGACCCUGUCCUCCAAAACCAGGGAUUCAGAGCAGGCAUGUCUCAUGACUCUUAAGCAGCAUUUAGGGAGUAUCUCAAGGGAUAGAAGUCCCAAAGAAAUGAGAAGGGUGGAACCCAAACCCUAGAAUUAGUGAGGCCAGAUAGUAAUUGGCAAUCACCAGUGGCCCUAGGGGAAGACUGGACCUCUGUGCCAAGCAAUAUUCCUGCUCAUCAGACCUUAAAGGUGCAGGCUCCCCCUGGGCCUGCAGGUGUGCAGGUUGGGAUGCCGAAAAUUUUCAGAUGAGCUCUUCUCUCCUAUACACUUUCCCAAUGAGGGGAUGUCAGGGUUGGGGUUGGGGUUAGCCUACUGUGGUUGAUAGGCUCAGCAAGGAGCCGUUUUCUGGCUUUUGCUGAAAUAGGAUAGGCACUGCCUCUUACACGGCAGUAACACAUCCACAGACCCCUCUCCAGCCCUAUGAUUGUAGUUAGUUAUUUUGAUAAUUUCCUUUGGCCAUUGUGCUUUGUUUAUAUUUCCCUCCCCCUCCCACUUUUUUUAGAAUGGCCUGGUUAUGGCUACCCCACUUUCCAGCUGAGCCACAUAGUUGGCAGUUUAAUUUAUUUACUUUUUUUUUUUUUUUUAAGAAAAGAAAAAGAAAAAAAAUCAACAAAACUUUUCUUUUGCUGUUCCUGUUGCGGGGAUUCUGGUAGGGUGGGGCAGGGAUGGGGGCUCUUUUGUAUUUUUCCUUUUCUGCACAACCUUUGGCUUUAAUAUAGGAAGAACCAAGGGAGUCCCUGGCUGAACUGAUUGAUGUCUGCCCUGACACUUAGUAACCUCAUCUGAGAUGAGGAGCUUCUUGCACUCCAGUGAUGGAAGGGACAACCCAGCAUCAAUGCCGGUGUCCUCUGGAGAACUUUGUUUCCAGCCCUUCCAGGGUCUCAUCCUAAAACUCUGGGUCGAUAGUAUUAAUUUUGGAGGCAAUCCCCACCCCAUCCCCUCUUUUCCUUGAAGAUACAUAGGUAGCUUCUUAGUUUUACCAGGCAAAAUGGGAUGGAAAUUAUGUCCCUAGGCACCACUGGGUACAGGCUUUGCUCUGCCUCACCCACACCCCCAAAGGACUUCCGUUCCAUUUCAGGCUACUGGGGGCAUUCCUUGAUACUUAGGGUGACUGGCAAAAUAAGGCAAGGGGAAGGUUAGUGGGUGUGAUUAUUUUAUAUGCAGGUGGGAGUGGGGUUGGGGAAAGACUUGAAACGUUCCUCCCCACCAUAGUAUAACACUUUCUUCCUUAUUGGAGUUUUAUUCCAGGCCAGCUUGCUGUAGGUCUGGGUAGUUGGGGCAUGGUUCCACUGGGUUUGGGGUGGAGGGAUAGAGCUUGAUGGAAGUAAGGAACAGUCAUACAUUCCAGCCCCAGGACAUUGUGCUCAGGAAUUUGAAAACGCUGCUAUACUUAAUCUGGUUACUUCAUCUCUUCCACUCCCCUCUGCCCCUUCCUGUCUUACCAAGGCCCCUACUCUCCCAUCCUUACCCUCAGAUGGAGCCAGGAAGCACGGUUAAGGCUUCCCUACCCUUUGCACUAGUGUCUCUACAGGUUGCUGGUUGUGUUGUAUGUGCUAUUCCAUGGUGUUGACUGCACUGAUAAUAAACCUUUUAAUCAACUCUAAAUUCUUAAUGCAAAACCCCUCCCCUUGUAAAGGAUUCUCCUAUGCUUUGGCUUUUCUCUCACCUUAAUUCCUUUUACUUCUUCCUUGCUUUGUAAACUAUCCUUCUCCUAGAACUAACCUCUGUUGCAGGAUGUCUGUCUGGGAGUAGUGUGCAUCUCACAUCUGCUUUGCCCUGUGUGCCCUCCUACAUUCUUUCUUCCUGUUUCUUGUUCUGUAGCCACCAAAGCUCUCUAUCCAGUGAUCUGAAUUGUGCUCUUUCCAGAGCCUGCCUUUACCCCAAAUUCCAUGCCUCCCUAAGUGCUCCUGGGAUUUGGAGGCACAUUCUACAGAAGAUAUUCAUGUAUUUUUUCCCUUUGUCCCCAGAAACAUCUUUGCUUUGGAAUCUAGGAUUCCAUCGCAGGCAGGGAAGCUUUCACACACACACACACCCAUCUCCCCCAGUGUCUCCUAAGAAAGCAGAUGUGAGGAAGGGAACCUGAAACACCUGUUCCUCUUGUUGUCAAGACUUUGGUAAACCUCUUGUAGGCAUUUUGCAACCUUCGCCCUAUCAUUACAUAAAGGAAAUCCUUUUUUCCUUCAGAACCGUAUUUUAAAUUUGUUAUUUAUCAUGCAUCCAAUGUAAAAGUAAAAAAUGUAAUAGUUCUCUAGAUAUUCUAGUAGGUUAAAAAAAAAAAAGGUAUUCCUGCACCCACUGACUCUACUAUGCUGUCAUACACAUGAGGUCUGGUUAUAAAGUAA